GAGGCUAGUAGUUACCUUCCGCUUUCUCUUUAAACUCUCUCUCUCUCACACUCAUCCCUUUCCCUGCUAAAAUUGAAGAACCCUAAUAAACCAUUUUCCCUGUAGAUCUUCCUUUAUCCCAUGCAUUUCGACUGAAAUUUUCAGGAAUUUGCGUAUCCGAAGAUCCAAAACGCUGUUUUCUUCUCAAUCUCGUUUCAGAUCGUUUAAGGUGAAAAGGCAAUGGGUGCAGGGAGGAAGAAGGAGACCUACACGUUGGCUCCAGAUAGCCUUAACUCGUAUGUGAAUUGGAACGCGAGGAAUCUUGAGAAGAGAGAUCUCUGUGGAGUUAUAUUUGGAUGCAAGUUCAGCACUAUCAAAGAGUGUUACGCUAAGAAACUGUUUGGUUUGCCAGCUGCUCACAUGGCGUAUAUCAAGAACAUUGAUCCUGGUUUGACGCUGUUUCUGUUUAACUACAGUGAUAGAACGCUUCAUGGUAUCUUUGAAGCUGCUAGUGAAGGAGAGUUGAACAUUGAUCCCAAAGCUUGGUCUCCUAAUGGGACUGAUCCGAGUCCUUACCCUGCUCAGGUAAAGAUAAGAGUCAGAGUGAGGUGUGAGCCCUUGGCUGAAGAGAAGUUUAGUCCAGUGAUUGCUAAUAAUUACCAGGAUGAGAAGAUGUUUUGGUUUGAGCUUGACCGAGAUCAGACGAACAAGCUGCUCCGUAUGUUUUCACCGUCUCCGUUUGUAAGGGCACCUCCAACAUCCAAGUAUGUUGCGCCACAAUCCAGGAAGGCUAUCCCGGCAUCUUCACUUGUGGAGAUUGGUGACUCGGGAGCAGCACGUGUUGAUAAGUGGAGCAGUCUUUUCAAAUCUUCAGAUGAUUCAAGUGAGAACAAGGGAGAAGAUUCAACUGCAGCACACAGAGCAGGUCCAAGAUUAGUCAACCUUGGCAAAGCUGAGAAAGCAGUGGUGCAAUCUGGUGUAUCAUACUCAUCAGUUCUGAGAAACGUGUCUGAGUCUUCAACUUCAACGAAUGAAGUUCCAUCUCAAGCAAGUAAAGGAGUUGAAACCCCUUGGUCAUCUUCUUCUCGAGCUCUCUCCUCACGCCAAGACAGUACCAAGGGAACUUCUGGUGCAGCUCUCAACAUGAUAGCACAUGGCAAGGACGUUUCUGCUGAGGACACACAGUCAGAGAUCGAUUGGGAUGCUGCAUCAAAUUUUCAACCACAUCUGGAAGGACUGAACAGGAUUUUGGAGGAACCUGACGAUAAAGAUGGGCUCAACAGUUUUGUGGAUAACACAGGAUUUGCACCUUCUUCUAUGGUGCCCAGUCACUGGGAAGAUGGGAUACCGCUCUCGGACUAUGAAGAAGGGAAUGUAGACAAAUCGCCUUGUGGGUCUUCUUAUGUUUCCGCCAUGACAGGAGACGCAGGUGAGGACAAUGGAGUUGACAGAGAGAAGCUUCGUAUGGAUCUUUCCAAGAUGGAAAUGGAAAACCCACCCACUUACCUGGACAUCUUGAGUGAGAUAUGGGCGGAAGUGAAAGAUUUGAAGAAAACUCAGAUGAAACAAGCUGAGUAUAUGAUUACUUUGCAGAUGGAGCUGCUUGAAUCAAGAAAAGAGAUACUUCAACUGAAAAGGACAUAGGGAAGUUCGUAAGCAUAUGGUAACACAACAGAGACUCAGGGAGUUUGCAGUCCCCUCUGCAUACUUGCUUUUGUUCUAACAAAACUGAAGAAACAAGAAAGUUAGAAUCUUUUGGGUACAAAAUAAUGUUUUAGUUUGUUGAGAAAAACUUGUAGGUGGUUGUGAAUCCUUUUGACUUGGUAUGCUUUCAGUUUGAACUUUUAACUUUCAAGUAAGCAGUGCUCUCAGGAGGAGAAUGUUUAGGGGUCAGAUAAGAGAUUCU